AUGCUCCAAAGAAACGCCAGCCAAAUUGGUUUUAUAGGACUUGGUAAUAUGGGUGGGCACAUGGCCAGUAAUCUAAUAAACUUCGGACAUAAACUACAUGUUUACGAUAUAUCAAACAAGGCCUGCAAAGAUCUUGAGACCAAGGGAGCUGUAGUUUAUUCAAAAACUUCUGAUCUCGCCAAAAACUCGGAGUUCGUCUUCAGCAUGCUGCCAAAUAAUUCCGUAGUGGAUGCUUCCUAUGAUGAAAUAAUUUCUUACGGGUUCAACAAGCCGACAAUUUUCAUAGACUCCUCCACAAUUUCCCCGAAAUUGGCCAAGUCACUGCAAAAGAGAAUUAGUUCUAAAGGAGGAAGGUUCUUAGAUGCUCCAGUUUCUGGCGGAGUACCUGGAGCAGAGCAAGCCACACUAACCUUUAUGGUGGGUGGAUUUGAAAACGAUUUCAAGACAGUUGAAAGGAUACUCCAGUGCAUGGGAAAACGAAUCAUCUACUGCGGAUCCCAUGGAAUGGGUCAGGCUGCCAAACUGUGCAACAACAUGAUGCUGGCGAUAUCCAUGCUGGGCGUAUCAGAGACCAUGAAUCUUGCUGUUCGUCAAGGUCUGAGUCCCAAGGUCUUUGCCGAAAUCCUCAACUCCUCAACUGGGCGCUGCUGGACCUCAGAGUUUUAUAAUCCAGUACCAGGAAUUUCUCCGUCAACUCAAACCAACAAGGUUCCCAUAUCAUUGAUUAAUAAGGAUCUGGAACUGGUUGCCAACGUAGCUCGCUCUGUGAAUUCCCCUAUUCCUAUGGGCUUGCUGACCCACAAGAUCUACAGUUCCUUAAUUUCUCAGGGACUUGGGGGCCGUGAUUUCUCAGAUGUUUACGAUCUAAUGGAAAAAGAGAACUUUAGUUAUUAG